AUGUCUCCCUCGUCAGCGCCACCCAAACGUGCACAUCAUCCUCCUCUACCACAACACCAUCCACAAGGUGCUGCUCCGGAAAACGCCUACCAGCCGUCGGUGACUCAGAAACCCGUCAAAUCAGUUCACGAUCUCAACGCGCUGCUGGCCAUUGAAAUGCAACGAACACGGCGGUACUUCCGCGACCACCCGACUCUGUCGACCACUCUGUCCAACAACAAGAUCCAGGACGUGAUUUUGCAACAUCCAGUGACACGUAUGUUGGAAGUGCCUCAGGCGGACCUGGACGCCCGCGCCCGAACUUUUGACCUGCUGCGAAACGUCAUCAAGGCCACCGUCAUUGCUCUCAAUUAUGCCAAACACACAAUCCAGUCGGCCCCGAACAGCGGUCAGCUGAACUUCAACAAGAAUGCAUAUGUGCGGGGAGGCGCUCAGCAGUCGACGCUGCAGACGUCGCCUUUAGUGCGGGAACUCGUCACGUCAAUUUACAACGUCCACAAGCAGAUGGGUGACGGAGGACCUAUGCCACCCCCCAAUACGGUGCCGGUGGUCCACAACAAUGACGAAAACGUGCUCAUCGACCUCGCCACCAUGCUACAGCGACUCAUGCACAUGCGCGACGUGCUGGAGGAGCUACUGCUGAGAAUCCAGGGUGUGUGCUGCUACGUCUACUGGAACACCUGGGACUCGGUGUUUGAGAUGGUGGCCGAAAUCGCUGGACUGCAGGAAACAGAGGCCGCAGCAGAGGGGCGACUUUUCAGAGCAGCAGGCCCGGCGGCAAUGUACAGGCAGCGCAAGAAGCUGGAAAAGAGCCACGCUGAGGAGUCUCGAAGACGGUCUCAGAUCUCAAAGCCCGGAAAAGAACUACCCCGAACACGUGUCAAUUUGGCGGCCAUCAAGAAGCUCUUUGAGCUGCAGGAGCCGCCCAUUGCACAGAAGCAUCUCAAUUCGUACAAGGUGCGGGACUCGUUCCAGGUGGCCAACUUCAACCCCGAAAUGAUGGCUGACAGUGGCACGGGAAUUUCUUCGUAUUUGCGUCUCCGAACUUUUGGGGAAGACGAGGUAGCCAAUGCGUCCAUGAAACAACCUCUGGUUGUAACGGACGACGAUGAAUCUGCGUCUGUGAUCAUGCAGCCCACUCCGGUCCGUUCUGUGGUCUCAGAUGAUGCAUCGUGUUCUCCGCAAUCGACGAAAACGGCCCUGACCUCUGAUGACGAGGAAAAAGACCGUACUCGAACGUGGAACGAUCUCGUAAACCACAUUGACGAUCUCAGCGAUCUGGACUCCAACUUGUCGCUCUUCUCCCGGAUGAAAACCACAGAUUCCUCCCACAUGGACUGUAACAUGCCCCCCUUGCCGCUGAUUGACCAGUCGGAAAUCGACGAUCUGCCCAUGGAAGACAUGUCGCGAUAUGGCAAGGCUGAGGGCGAGCGGGUGAGUCUGCACCAGCAGAUUCGAAUGAUGGACGACGAGUAG